CAACUGCCUCGGGGAACAACGGACCCAAACAGCGAGUGUGUCAACAAGGGAGGGAACGUCCGCCCCCUGACACUGAGGGAGCUGUGUGACCCUUCCUGGCGCUUCUUGACCUUCCAUGACCCUUCCUGACCCUGGCUGGUGGUCGCGGCACUAUAGGCCCCUCUCUAUGAGCAAGGCCUCGUAAUGGGACAGCCCUGAGCCACGAUACCCCUCAGACACAUAUAAGAAGCCGUGAAGGAUGAGUCGGGCAGAGAAUGAGGCGUAUUGGGGAUCAACGGACACAGCUCCAUCUGCCCUCGACAACUUCUUCGAUGAGGAUUGUGAGGUGGGAUGGACGGGCAAUUUGUCAGAGUUCCAUUUCUCCAAAGGCAAACCCCCCCAGCCGCCCAACCUCAGAGGCGGCGUUGAGGGAGGCGGUGGCGGUGGCGGCAGCAUCACGGACAACAUCACUGUGCGCUCGGCGUCUGACUGGAACAUAGUUGAUGCUGAGGGAACCGGGAACACCAGCAGCAGCAGCAGCCGUGUGUCGGGGGUGGGCAAGGCCAUUGGUGAGAAACUUGACUCCUGGAAGCCGCCCUCCGUCUCCAUCAAGUGGAACUCAUCGCAAGGACAAGGAAGUUCUUCGUGUGUGCAGUGUAUUUCCAAAGACACUGAAAUACAACAGCUAAAGAAAAGAUUAGAGAACUCAUACUCCCGGUACAACCUGACGCUGCCGCCGGAUGACACAGUGAACCGGAUCAUCCUGGCUCAGCCGUACUCGCUGGAGAGUUACCGGAGCCUGGAGGACAAGCUGGCCCUGCUGGACACGGCUCUGGGCACCAUGGAUGGCAGUGCAGUGCUGGCAACUGUUCUGCACCUCAAAAACUCGGUUAAAAAGUCCAUCUUUACAACGGAGAUGCAAACCAGGCCACAAGCGUGUAACCUCUACAUGAACUACCUGCGGAAGCGACACAAGUAUUCCGAGGCGAUCGACUUCUUGAGUUUACUCGGGAAGCCUGAAGAUGCCGCUAUCCUCUCGUACGAGCUGGCACUCACCGGCAAGACUCCCGAGGUCAAGAUCAAGAACAUGGAGAAGGCUCUGGACUCCCACUUCACACACUCAUCCCUGUCCAUGGAAGCCAAGCAGGUCAAGGAUCACAUCAAGCUAAUAGAGCGGCAGAUGGCCAUAGACGAAGCAGACUCCAAGGACUUCACCAACCCCAUGCUGAUGAAAUACCCGAGGGCAGCCAGCGUCACUGAAAAGUCCCUCCUGACGACACUCUUCUACUGCUGCAUGUACCACUGGGAGGCCGGGGAGGGUCACUUGGGGAGUCCACUGGCGCUGAGAAAGGCAUUUGACAUCAACGACCGUGCGCUGCUGUGGACGGUGCUGCGGGGACGGGCGAGGGUGAACCACUGGCCACUGCCCUCCGAACUUGACUCCUGGCUCGGUAGCAAGGGUUUGUUGGGGGCUCUGGGCUCACUCACCUCGGCAUUUGGAGGCUCAGGGAAAAUACUGACAACAGGGAUCAAGGCGACUCUUCCCAUGGACCGAGUAGUGCACACUCUCCAUGGCAGCGGCGCGCCCUCCAACGUGUUGGCUGUCUACAUAGGCUUGAUAGACAGUGUGGAUAUGCGCCUGAAGCUGGCCGUCAACUACAAAUGUCACCAGGCAGUCAUUGAUGUCCACAUCAGCCAGAAGGAUCGCACUGCCCUGGAGCACUACAUGAAGGAGAUCCCUGCAGGGUCCCCGGAGUACCUCAAGGCAGAGAGUGCACUGAAGACUGCGAAAUGGAAAAACUAGAAAUGGAAAAACUAUCCUCCAGCAUCUCUUUGUACAAGCCUCGGGUGCUACUUCUGGGUCCAUCUCACGAGGCAAGGAUUAGCUUGUCCUAGAAACAGUAAUUAUGGCUCUGACAAGUCUUUCAUAUAACUGCUACUUCAUCUCACUGCUCACUUUUCUAAUUGUUUUGUUUUGUUUGUAUCUGUGUUGUGCCCAGAGUAGGUAUUGGGCAGUCAUAUAUAGUUUACCUGCAAGAUUAUAUAUAUAUUUCUAUGCAUAUUAUCACAUAUUCCGACAAGCUGCCUUCCCAAGUGAUGUGAAGAUGUUGAAUGUGCUAUGUUGAUAUACUUGAAGUGAGUGGACAUCAAAGUGGGUCAGGUUCCACAUAAAAACUGCCUGAUUGCAUGUCACAUGAGAUUUUAGCAAGGAAUACAUGAUCUGUUUCCAUUA